UUAUCUUAAGUAUUCCGUGAUAAGUUAUCUUAGUAUGUAAGUAUAAGGCAUUGACCAAAACGAAAUGCGUGUAUGUAAAAAUUCAAUCAACCACAAUGCCGUCUGUUGUAUUGUGCCUGUUCUUAGUAAUGUGUGCGCUUCCUCAGAUAUUGUCUCUUGAAUUUCCUAAGCACUUUGAAAGCCAGGAAAUAAGGAAUUGUGAAACGGAGGUUAAUCCAGAUAAGAAUUAUAAUUUUUUGGACGAAAAUUUGGUCAUAAAGAAUGAUCCCCGGGCUCGUUCCUUUGUUGGAUGCGUCUUUAGAAAGUAUAAAAUGAUUCACGGGGGCGAAUUUGUUAAAGAUACCACUAUUGAUUAUUUGGUGGAAAAGACGGUGCCCUUUUUCAAACCUCACGAGAAGGAUCCUCGUCACCUUGCCGAAGAGGCGUUCGAACUAUGCAAGGGUGUAAAGGGCGCAGGAAUUGGUGAACGGGCAGUGAACUUUUCAAAUUGCGUAAAUGCUCACUUCAAAGCAUAAAUUUUGAGGUUUCUUAUUAGUAAUCAUUUUUGUAGGUUAAUGGUUAGUAUCUUAUUCUAUAAUGUUUCAUAAAUAAACUUUAAUUAAAGAAGUUGUAGGCGAUUCGGCUCUUGUA